AUGUUCGAACUCGCGCAGUCUCAGCGCUGCUGGCACAGAGUCGUGGCUUCGGUGACACCGCACUUUUGGAGCAAGCUCCCGGUCCUGUCUAUACCGAAAAGAGGGGCCGUCAGCAGCCUUGCAUUAGCCGAUAUUUCGCUGAAUGUUCUGCGAGAGCAAAACAGGCAGCUGCAGGCCACGCUCGCUACCAUCCGGUGGCCACCCCUGAGCUCGUUCUGGCUGAAUCGAACAAGAUACACCCUGCCUCUGAAAGCUGAGACUGAAUGGGUUGAGACGGAUGUCUAUAAGGUGGCCGAGGACGAGCUUGCAUACUUAACAGGCUUCUUUGACGGCGAUGGCUGCGUCACCGCUGGCGCUUUGCAGGUCGGGCAGUCUAUCGAUGGAGUCGCCACCUUGAUACGCCUGCAAGAGGCACUCGGAGGAAGUAUUCGCCGAUUGAAAAAUGGAAGAGGCCUCCAAAAGCCAAUGUUGAAUUGGGUGUUGACCGGCAGAAGAGCAUGUCAUGCAGCAAAUCUCAUGGCACUACAUAGCAUUGUCAAGAGAAGGCAGCUUGAGGUUCUUGCGGCACUGCUCGGAACGGCGAUUGACAAGGUAGACUAUUCCAUCGAACUUGCCAUGUUAAAGCGCAGUGAGUCAGCCGUUGCUGGCCCAUGCACUUGGGCGUAUUUGGCAGGCUUCUUCGAUGCAGAAGGCUACAUUGAGCAGCCAAGAGGGAUGGCUCUGCUCCGGUUGAGGAUGUAUCAAAAGUAUGCAACGGUGCUGGAGUGUGUGCGGACUUUCCUUGCCACAGAGGCUUGCAUCGAGGCGCACCUGUAUCAGAUGCGAGGGCGUCCGGGAUUUGAACUCCGAAUCAGCCGGAAGCAAUGCUGCAAAGCUGCUCUGCAAAAGAUGUUGGAUGCUGGUUUGCUUCGUAAAGCUGCUCAAGCAAAGCUGGCUCUCAGCCUCACUUCGGCGAACGCACAGCAAGUUCGGAGUGCAAUGGCAGAUAUGGUUGGCAAUCAGAGUUUUGCAACACGAUUGGACACAGCUGGCUUGCGACGAGCGGCAUUGAUCACUCAUAUGAAGAAGAUGGCCAAAAUAUAUGAGCGAAAUGGGCAGACUUCCCGGGCCAAUACACUGUUUGCAGAUGCUGAAGGUCUGCAGCGCGAACAUGUUUUGCUAAACGCACAGAGGCUCAACGACCAGCUCUGUGGCUACAUUGACAAAUUACAAGCCAUGCGCCAGGAGCAUUACGAGUACAAGCUAUGA